AUGGCAGCCCAAGAGCCGCAAUCCCAGCCCUCGAUAACCGUCUUCCGCGGCUGGGACGACCCCGGCAAGCUCGUCUGGUCACCCUAUGUGAUCAAACUAGAAGCACGCCUGCGCUUCGCCGGCCUAAGCUACACAACGGAAGCGGACUCGACACGGCAGUCCCCCAAGGGGAAGAUCCCGUAUAUCGACUACGAACCCGCCUCCGUCCAAGGGACUGCGUCGUCAGCAGAAGCAACAGGGGUAGAGAAGCAACGACUCAGCGACUCAACCCUCAUCAUCAAGGCCCUGACAGAACGGGACGUCCUGCCAGACCUGAACGCAGCCCUGACGCCCGCGGAGUGCACGCACGACCUCGCGCUACGCGCGCUGCUGGAGGAGAAGCUGUAUUUCUAUCAUUCCAUACCCUUCUGGCCCAUGCGCUACCUCAUCGGCCUGCUGAUCCACCGCUCCACGACGGCGACGCUGCACGGGCAGGGCACGGGGCGGUACUCGCCCGACGAGAUCGCCGCGCUGCGGCGCGAGAUCUGGGACGGGGUGGGUGACCUGCUCGUCGCUUCUAGGUGCAGGUCCAGGUCAUCGGGAGGUGCAGCUAAAAUAAACGAAAAGGAGGAGGAGGAGCCCUUCUGGGUCCUGGGCGGCGCGGCGCCCACCGAGGCCGACGCGUGCUUAUUCGGGUUUAUCGUCUCGGUUUUGAUAUGCGCGGCCGGACCGGACUCACAGGACGUGGUCAGGAGCGUUCCGGUGCUCUUGGACUACGCAAGCCGGAUCCACGACCGCUAUUUUCCAGACUAUGAGAAGUGGACGUAA